AUGGCGCAGGAACUCAUAGCGCCAAAUGGGCGCAAAAUCACUCUGCAAACUGGACUGUUCAUUGAUAAUGAAUGGGUUGGUGCCAUUGAGGGUGGAUUUAUUGAAAGUAUCAAUCCCACAGAUGAGACAGUGAUCACAUCAGUUCAGGCCGCUACUGAAGCAGAUGUUGACAUUGUAGUGAAAAGGGCCCAGGCCGCACUGAAACAUCCAAGCUGGGCGGAUCUCCAUCCGUCGACCCGAGGCUCGCUACUCAGAAGACUCAGCGAUUUGGUGGAAGAGCACAGCGUUGACUUGGCGACUCUUGAAGCGUGGGACAGCGGAAAACCUUACUCGGUCGCUUUGCAUGAAGAUGUCGCCGAGGUGACAACCUGUCUACGAUAUUUCGCGGGCUUUGCGGAUAAAGCCUCCGGGGAAUUCAUUGAUGGUGGGGCUUUGAAAAUGGCCUAUACCAUUCGCGAGCCAUUCGGUGUAUGCGGGCAGAUUAUCCCUUGGAACUACCCGCUCAUGAUGGCGGCUUGGAAGCUUGGCCCUGCAUUGGCAUGUGGAAACACUGUGAUUCUCAAACCGUCCGAGCUCACACCACUUUCAAUUCUCUAUUUUGCGGGUCUCACCAAAGCCGCUGGAUUUCCUCCCGGAGUUAUCAAUAUCCUGAAUGGGUAUGGUGAUCAGGCAGGUGCUGCAAUUGCUAGACACCCUGAUAUCCAGAAAAUAGCGUUCACGGGUAGCACGUCUACUGGCCGCGAAAUCAUGAAGAUGGCCGCCUCUAAUCUGAAAGCCAUCACACUCGAGACAGGUGGAAAGUCGCCUUUGCUUGUGUUCAAUGAUGCCGACCUGCAACAGGCUGUGAAAUGGGCUCAUACUGGCAUCAUGAGCAAUCAAGGUCAAAUUUGUUCCGGUACUAGUCGCAUUUUGGUCGAAAGGAGCAUCUAUGAGCCAUUCAUUGAUGCGUUCAAGACUUCUGCGGAAGAAACUAGCAAAGUCGGUGACCCAUUUACCGAAACGACAUUCCAAGGCCCACAGAUCUCAAAAAAACAGCAUGAUCGAAUCCUGGCAUACAUCAAUUCUGGUAUCAAGGAGGGUGCCCGACUGGUUCUGGGGGGUUCCUCCUGCAGUGUCAACAACGGGAAAGGGUUUUUCAUCCAGCCAACGAUCUUCUGUGAUGUUUCUCGGGACAUGGAGAUCUACCAAAAAGAGAUAUUUGGUCCUGUCGUUGUUAUACAGCCAUUUGAAACAGAAGAUGAUGCCGUUGAAAAAGCUAAUGAUUCUCCAUAUGGAUUGGCUUCCGCUAUCUUUUCCCAAGACAUCACCAGAUGUCAUCGUUUGGCUAGAAAGAUCGAAAGUGGUACUGUCUGGAUAAACAGUAGCAACGACAGUGAUUCAUUAACGCCAUUUGGUGGGAUGAAACAGAGUGGGAUUGGCCGUGAGCUUGGUCAGGCUGGAAUGGAAGCUUACUCGGUCAUCAAAUCUGUUCAUGUAAAUCUUGGUGCAAAACUCUAG